AUGAUUAUCACCAGAAAGCGGCUGAUAACUUCUUGCAAAGCGUGCUAUCUUUCAAAGAGAAAAUGUGGGAGAGAAAAACCAGAAUGCAGACGAUGUGCACGUUUAGGCAAAAACUGUGACUAUUUCACCGAGGAGCAGAUUAUAGAGCGAACUUAUAGUAGAAAAUACAAGGGCCAGCCAAGAAAUAAAAAUCAAUAUGAUUUGGGCGCCGAAAGGCUUGACUCAAAUACACAGCUUGUUCCUGAAACAAGGACCCUGGAAAAAAAGAAUUUCAACUUGAUCAUCAGCUCUACAGGCGAGUACUCCAAGUAUUUCUCGCUUUUCUUUUUCCCGUUUGCUGAAAAGGAGUCCAAUGUCAAUACGAUCGUAGGCCUUGGUCACGACGACCAUGACCAGUGCGUUGCCUUUGACUUUACAAAGCCUGUCAAGCCUUUAUCUGGUGUUCGCGACCUGGUUGAGCGACUCCCGUCUCGAGAGGACUGCAACUUUCUUGUGGUGUAUUUUUUUGAAAACAUUCAUCCAUAUAUUCCCAUUGUGGAUCAGGAGGAGUUUUUCAUUCACUACGGGCAGUUGUGGAAUACGCAGGAAAAAUACAGAGAUCUCAAUGGACUUCUCGAAAUACUAGCAGUGCUUUUUAGUAGCUCGCUGGUGAAUCAGCUGUCCAAUAUGUAUCAUUACGGAAGCAUGCAACAUAAUAGUGACAAGGUAGAUUUUGAAACUGUCAAGCUCAAUAGCUUUCGUGCCAUUGAAAAUAUCAAGCAUUGGAUAAGCAUAAUGAACUCACCCUCAAUGUCUUCUCUUGUCGCGGCCACCCUUAUUUACUAUGUUGGAUCUCUAAACUGCAUUGGGAAAAACAGCGAAAUAGCAUCUCUCAGCCGUUUGUGCCAGAUAGCCGGUCUACACAGAAACUUUUCGACUCGGUCAUCUGGAAGCUCCCUAAGAUACAUCCUCUACAGUUUCGUUUCGUACAUGGACUCGCUGUCAUCGUACUACAGUGGACUGCCCCCAACUAUGCACCGAGAUUUCUGCGAGACCUACAAAAACCUCCCAACUGAUCUAGACCACCAUUCAUCAGUCUAUUUGUCCAUACAGUUUCACAACGGAAUCCUUUGGGGAGACGUUAUUGCAGAAAUGAAUAAAAUUCGAGUUACCACUCAGAGUGAAUAUGAUUCCAUAUUUGAACGCUUUAUUGAUACACAACGACUGGUGAACAGUCUGAGCCACAGGCUUUUGAAUGAUUUUAGUCUUGAUCCGAUCUAUGCAAAAUGGCUAGUCACUGAGGGAAGGCUGGGAGUCCGUAAGUCAGCUUUACUCAUAAACAUAUUGAGGGAUUCCGUCAUGUCUUCAGAAGACUCUUUGGACGAUCCUAGCUAUAGUCUCCUGCUCCAGUCGUUGCUGUUGGUUAAUGAGUCUAUUAUGAAAAUUGAGCUGGGUCUUCGGUGUAAGCCAGCAUGCUUAUGGGUGAUCAGAAACUCAUACCCAUUUCAAGCCUUGACUAUCAUUCUGAGACAUAUCCAGCAGCACCCCGAUCAAGAAGUAAAUUUCCGUAUGCUUCCGAUCGAUGAACAGUAUACCGCAGAUGAGCUGUUUGAUUACGUGAAUGGUGACAUCAGGGCGCCACUGGUGAGAAGAUGCGUCCACUCGCUGGAAAAAAUCAAGGUACUGUGGCCAGCUGUGUUACUCACAAGAUUUGACGGGGUGAUCAAAGUUAAGAAUGAGGUGCUAUAA